GCCGUGGACACGUCCGAGUCGGGGACGACGGCCGUGAGCCUCCUCGUGCUCGGCUCGACGCUCUACUGCAGCAACGUCGGCGACUCGCGCUGCAUCUUAGGCCGCCGCGACGCGCGCACGGGCCGCGUCGCGCCCGCGCCGCUGAGCGUGGACCAGACCUGCUACCGCGUCGACGAGCGGCAGCGCGUGCAGCGCAUGGGCGGCCGCCUCGACGAGGAGGGCGACCCGCCGCGCAUCUGGCUCGCCGACGCCUUCCGGCCGGGCUGCUCCUUCUCGCGGUCCCUCGGGGACAAGGUCGCCGAGGACAUCGGCUGCAUCGCGACGCCCGAGGCGCGCCUCCGGCGUCGAACG